AUGCAACCGUGUAAGUUCAUACACUUGUCCAAGCGCAUACAGUUCGAGCGCAGAGAGUCAAGUGCAUGGAGUCAACGCGCGGCAAAUCGAUGCUUUCGGGCCAAUCGUCCUCUAGUUUUUCCUCCCAAUUCUCUCAGAAGCCAAAGUAAGCAAGCGAGGUGUUUGUCAGACCGCCGAGGACAUCGCAAGGGAUUGCGGAGAGUGAAGACCUGGGUCACGGAGGAGGACGCCCGGCCUCGGCUUCCGUCCUUGGAGGAGGAAGUGGAGCAAGAGAGCUUUGAGAGCAACCUCGAGGUGGAGCAAGGGAGGUUUGACAGCAACGGAUCAUGGAGGAAGCUGGAGAUGCUGGAGCAAAAAGACUCGAUGCGGAAGUGGAGAACGCAAGGUUCGACAGCUAGCGCUCCAGGAGGAAUGUGGGCAAAUCAGGCAGUAGUGAAGGCACGGCCCGACGCAGACUGA